AUGGCAAGACCGUCGGUGCAAGCUCUUCCAGCUUCCAUCUUGCGGACCUGUCGCCAAUGCCGAGUGCAGAGCAGACAUCUUCCGACAAGCCUAUUGUCAUGGCUACCGCUUCCUGUUCAGCGACACGGUCUUAUUGCGUCUAGAUCCAACUCUACUGAUACACAAAUCCAAGCCGCACCAGAGAUCGAUCUCUCGAACAUCGACACACCAGCGGUUCCUGCUCGUGUCCUCCCUGCAUCUCCUUCAUAUUUCACCGCCUCACCGCUUUUCAACGACAACGUCUUGCUACUACAAUCACUCGUCAAGAAGCAUAGCGCGCUGCCUCUGGCACCUCCCGAUAACGUUCCGCGUGGAGUGUGGUUGAAGCUCAGUCAAUACCGUAGCUCCACAGGAGAAACCGUCCCUGCUUCGAAAUAUACAAAGGUCCUGGAGCUCUUAACUCGGUUGAACAAGAUACAUCCACGAAUUCGACCAAGGGAAGUGAGGGAGGUGUUGGAUCGCUUCCGCCGGCCUGGUUCGGAGCGGUUGCAAAAAGCCAAACCUGGAAAACUUGAUAGGGUUGGAAGAUCAGUUGGAAUCGGACGCAGAAAGGAAUCCGGCGCGAAAGUUUAUCUUGUAGAAGGAACAGGAGAAGUCCUCGUCAAUGGACGUAACAUUGUGCAGGCAUUUCCUCGCCUACACGAUCGCGAGAGUGCGCUUUGGGCAUUGAAAGCUACUGAGCGGGCGGACAAGUACAAUGUGUUCGCAAUGGUUGCAGGAGGAGGAGUCACUGGUCAAGCUGAAGCGAUCACCUUGGCAGUUGCCAGGGCAUUGUUGGUACACGAGCCUGCUCUAAAGCCUGCUCUUCGACGAGCCGGCUGCCUUACGUCGGAUAGGAGACGUGUCGAACGAAAGAAGCCCGGAAGGCUGAAGGCCAGGAAGAAGCCCGCCUGGGUCAAGCGAUAA